GGCCCCAAUAAUACAUGUAUCACCGUGGCACGUUAAGAGUCUUACAUUUUUCAUUACAUAAACUUUGCUGUUUUGUGAAACGAAUCCGCCAUUCUUCUUCCCCUGUUUUUGACUAGAAUUUGUAAAGAUGGGAAGCUUGAGUACAAUUCUGAGACACCCUGAUGAGAUAUAUCCACUCUUAAAGUUGAAACUUGCUAUUAUAAAAGCUCAGAAUCAGAUCCCUCUUGAUGAUCCACACUUGGCUCUCUGCUACUCAUUGCUCCAAAAAGUUUCUAGAAGCUUCUCUCUUGUUAUUCAACAACUAGGCACCGAGCUUCGUGACGCCGUGUGUGUGUUCUACUUGAUUCUCCGUGCUCUUGAUACUGUUGAGGAUGACACAAGCAUACCAAUGGAGAUCAAGGUUCCUAUUUUGUUAGCUUUCCACCGUCAUAUAUACGAUCGUGACUGGCAUUUUAUAUGUGGUACAGAGGAGUACAAGGUUCUAAUGGACCAGUUUCACCAUGUUUCUGCAGCUUUUCUGGAACUUGAAAAAGGGUAUCAAGAAGCUAUUGAAGAUAUAACUAAAAGAAUGGGUGCAGGAAUGGCCAAAUUUAUUUCCAGGGAGGUAGAAACGGUUGAUGAGUAUGAUGAAUACUGCCAUUAUGCUGCUGGACUAGUGGGUUUAGGUUUGUCAAAACUCUUGCUUGCUUCAGGAUUAGAAGUACUGACUCCAGACUGGAAGCAGAUUUCCAAUUCUACCGGCUUAUUUCUCCAAAAAACAAACAUCAUCAAAGAUUACCUUGAAGACAUUAAUGAGAUACCAAAGCCGCGCAUGUUUUGGCCCCGUGAGAUUUGGGGAAAAUAUGUUGACAAGCUCGAGGACUUAAAAAAUGAGGAGAACUCAACAAAAGCAGUACAGUGCUUGAAUGAAAUGGUCACUAAUGCAUUGAUUCAUGUUGAAGAUUGCUUGAAAUCUAUGGCUGGAUUACGUGAUCCUGCAAUAUUUAAGUCUUGUGCUAUCCCUCAGAUUGUGGCGAUGGGAACACUUGCAUUAUGCUAUAACAAUGUACAGGUAUUUAGAGGGGUCGUGAAACUCAGGCGAGGUCUAAUUGCCAAAGUGAUUGAUCGCACAAAGACAAUGGAUGAUGUCUAUGGUGCAUUCUAUGAUUUUUCUUGCAUGCUAAAAACAAAGGUGGACAAGAACGAUCCAAAUGCCAUAAAAACACUUAAACGACUGGAAGCCAUUGAGAAAGUCUGCAGAGAAAAUGGAGAUCUUCACAAGAGAAAAUCUUACGUUAACAACGAAACACGAUCAAAGGCUCUCUUGUUUUUAAUGCUUGUUCCUCUACUGGCCAUACUAGUUUUAGCGUAUCUAAAACACACA